GGCCGAGCAGGCGCUGGAACGUUCGCUUCCUGCACAUCCUCCUGUGACGCGCGACACAGUAGCCCCGCCUCUUCCGUGCCGGUAACUUCGUGGUGCCAGUCUGUCGCUCAAACACGCACGCACACAGCAGCCGGCGCGUGAGGGUCGUGCGGGGCCGCGUGCUGCUUCUCCAGUUGGUUCCUUCCUUCCUGCUUCCUUCCUUCCUUCCUUUCUUCCCUUCUCGGGUUGCCAUGAAGCACAUGCCGUACUUCUGCCGGGGCGAGGUCGUGCGAGGCUUCGGCCGGGGAUCCAAGGAGCUGGGCAUCCCCACAGCUAACUUUUCUGAGGAGGUGGUUGAUAGUUUCCCAGCUGACAUCUCUACUGGCAUUUACUAUGGAUGGGCUUGUGUUGGAAAUGGAGAUGUGCAUAAAAUGGUUCUGAGCAUAGGCUGGAAUCCUUAUUACAAAAACGUUAAGAAAUCUGUGGAAACACAUAUUAUUCACACUUUUGAUGAAGACUUUUAUGGAGAAAUGCUUAGCAUAAUUAUUGUUGGAUAUAUACGACCAGAAAAAAACUUUGAAUCUUUAGAUGCACUCAUAGCAGCUAUUAAAUCUGAUAUUGAAGUAUCUGAGAAAACACUAGAAUUCCCAGAACACCAGAAAUUAAAACAUCACAAUUUUUUCCAGAAGGGUGAGGCUAGCACUAUGGCUAAUGGCCAUUGAGUGAUGCUAGUAUUUUAAUUUUUACUGUUACUGUUUAAAUUGCACUGAUGUUUUAGUGUCUGUACUGCUUUAGAACAUUUUUAACAUUCCUGCUUAGAAUUGUUUGUUUGUAUUAAAUGGUUAGCUCCCUAAAAUCUAAAUUAAAAUGAUUUACUUUUUAUGAAUGUACUCCAACUCAGCAAAAUAGAAACGAAAUGUUUUGUCACAUAUGGUGCACUUUGGGCAGUUUUUUAGCUCAUCAGAAUCUAAGCAAAAGUUAGUUCCCUAAACGUAGAUAGUACGAGUAUUUUUAAAAUAUUUCUUAGACUAUUUACAUUAUCUGUAAUUAAACUAUAUUUUGUGAAUUUAAAUGACAAGUUUAUUAAGUGAUUUUAUACUGAGGGAAAUGCAUUGGAAAAGUGGAUGUAGCAUGAAUAGUUUCACGGUCAACUUCUGCUUGAUUUUUACUUCUUGUUCAUUAGACAUGGGUUAGAACCAGAUACGGCUGGAUUCUUUUUAGUCCCAUUCAAUUGGGAAAUCAUUUUAAUGUAACUAACUGCUGCUGUUGAGUUCAUUGCCACUAAAAAUAGAUAAUUUCUUCUUGGUUCAAACCAGUAUUUCUACUUAUUAGUACAACUUGCCUGUUUAGUGUGCUUUUAAGCAAAUGGUAUGCAUGCAUCAAUAUCAAAACAAGCAUAUGAAAUUCUAAGUUAAAUCUCUUGGUUUGUGUGCAUAAGCCUUGAUAUGUAGUACAUUUAUCUUUUCAUGAUAUGUCCACAAGAUGAGGUUGCCAGUUUCCAUUAAAACAGUGUAUAGCUUUAAAAUAAGUUCUGUCACCUUAUUCAUGAUUACCUCUAAUGAUAUAUAAAACUUUCUUUUGAAAUUACAGUAACACAUUAUUGUAUUCAUGCAUCAACAUUUUGGAAAUUUUAUUUUAGAUAUGAUCAACAAAAGUAGAAUUUUAUUACAUUCUGUUCAGUCUAAAAUAACAGUAAUUUAGUGUAGUGCAAUAAAAGUAAAGUAUCUCUUAUCUGAUAUGCUUGGGGCUGGAAGUCAUUUUGAUUUCAUCUUUCCCAGAUUUUGCAAUAUUUGUGUAUACAUAAUGUAAUGGAACCCAAGUCUAAACAUGAAAUUAGUUUGUUUCAUAUGUAUCUUGUAGAAGAGAUUUUCAACAUUUUAAUUAAUUUUGUACAUUUAAUAAGGUUUGUGUACAGUGCACUAAACCAACAAAGAGCACUAUUAUGUGGACAGUUUUGGACUUUGGAACCUUUCAGAUUUCUGGAUAAGGGAUAUCUAUUUGCACUUUUAUUGUUUACAUAACCAUUCACAAAAUUUGACAUACAAUUUGACACAUAUACAGUAUGUGCAUUGAGAGUGGGAUUGUUGCUGCUGACAUAGAUAUGAGAGCACAAACUGCACAUGCAAUUGAGGACCAUAAGUUUAUAGCUUUAAAUGUAAAUAAGUGUCCCAGGGGUCCUGUGCAGGAUACCAUGUGAAUGAAUGCAUGGAGAGCAUGUCGCUGUGAUCCACUUUCCCCCAUAUGCAUUAGUUGUUUGUGUAUCAAUUAUGGCAAAGGUGCUUCGGUUUUAUGUGAGACUUUCCCCUUGUACAAGGAAGUGUAAGGUCCCUUCUUGGUGUUGAAUCAUGGGCACAUUGUUAACAUACCAGGGGCUAGAUUUAAUUUUAAUUACAUCUAGAUCCAUUGAAAGGUACAGGGUGUUUCAAAAUGAUGAACCCAAUUUCAAAGCAAGUUCACAAAUGCAAUAUGUGGCAAUUACACAAAAAGUUAUGAACGGUUGAAUGAGUUUUCAAAUUUCGCUAACCAUUUUUGAGCCAGAAAUAAAUCUAAAAGAAAUAACUGCAAAUGGGUAAUAUUUCAUUAGGCCUUAUGUUGCGGGAUCACCAUUUUGCAAAUGACUGAGACCAGUGCCUAUUUCUGCACCGAGAAAGGUAUCUAGUGGUUAUCAUUUGAAACUCUAUGCCCACCCUUUCAAUCGGUAAGAAUUUCAUUCAUGAGAGGUAUAGUGAUUUCAAAUUAGGCUUUUUGAAACUACUGGAAUAAGUACCCUUUCAUCAACACUGAUGUUGGUCCCAUUUGUUUUAAUAGUUUACUCGUUAGGAUUAGAAUCAGGCUAAGAUCUCACUGUUGUAUCUAGUAACACUGCCCACAAUCUGGCCCUACUCCGUUCUCCUAAGCAGGGCCUUAUCUGUUAAUCAACCAUAAAGGGUGGGGUGCCCUCACUUUUUCAGCUUCUGUGAACCUGGCAAUUUUGUGAUUCACACCAUACAGGCAACAAGCCAUUACUGGCAAGUUUUAUAUUGCUUCUGUGAGCCUCAGCUCCAGGAAGUGAGAAACCCUUUCUUCCUUUCUCAACUCAUUGUAGGGAGGUGGAACUUUCUCAUAAUAUACUGAUUUUUGCACUAAUUGAAGUCUUCUGCUUGCUGCAUACAAAUACCUUUCUUGACUUAAGAGAGGGGAGCUGAUGUCUCAUACCAUGCUGCUCAAAAACUAGAGCAAUUCCCCCACUAUAAUUUAAAACAAUAUUAGCCCUUGAGACUCAGCUAGUGCCAUGUUAUGAAAAUGAAUGUGUGGGUUUGUAUAUGUUGUUGCCUAUACAUGUCGUCUUAUUUUAGAAAGUGCCUUCUAAUUGUUCUGAAGGGUUGUGAACACUGAUCUAAGAAUACUUGUGUGUAUUUUGGAUUAUUCAUUGAGAACAUGCGAUAAUGGCAGCAUACUUAACUGGGGGAAAGAACACUAAUGCAUGGGCCAGGAAUACAGUUUAUUAAUAGAUGCUGAUGAAUAAAUAUGUCAAUGGGUAUGAAAUUAAAGAAAUAUUUAUUGAAUUCUGUCCUUUUAUAUGUCUGUACUUAAAAGUGAAUGAUUCAUUUUAAAAUUAUCAUGGCAAUUUUAUUAAGGGAUUUUAUUUUUGUAUUAAUUUUGUAUUCAUUCCCCACUUCAGGGUAUUGUUAGGUGUGGGAAUUGGUGUAGAAAUUCAAUUCAUGAUGGGAACAAUGAAUAAAAUAAAGAAAAUGUGUAUAUCUCUUGA